AUGACAUCAUCUUCAGCACCACAAAAAGUAGGAGAAGUCCCAAUUAUUAAGCUUCCUCAAAAGAAAGCUGCACAACUAAAUUUAGCAAUUUCAAUACCUCCGAUGUAUUUAUCAGUCGAAAAAUUCGAAUUCGAUCCUCAAUUCAAAGCUGUAUUUUAUAAUAUAGAAGUUGGUAUCCAGAAAGAUAGUAUGGUUUGUGUACAUACGAUUUCAAAAAGAUAUUCAGCUCUCCAAGAGUUUGAUUCACAAAUAAGACCAAAAUUCUCUGAAUCUAGAUAUUUGCAUCCAUUCCCACCUAAGAAAUUAUUUGGAAACACAGAAAAUGAGUUCUUAGAAAAAAGAUCCGAAGAAUUACAAAAUUACCUUGGCAAUCUUGUUCGUGUUGCAGGUUUAUGCGAAACACAAGUAUUCAGAAGAUUUUUCGGAAUAGAUGAUAGUGUAAUCAAGAGUUUCUAA